GAUCUAGCAACGGUCAUGUAUAUCUUGCAUGAAUUAUUGUUUAGCAAUCAUUCAGAUGUGAGAUACAUAGCUGAUAUGCAUAAUUGGUAUAUUUUCCCAAUAUUCAAUCCCGAUGGAUAUGCAUAUUCUUUUACCACGGACCGAUUAUGGAAGAAAACUCGCAAACCAUCCAGUCCUAACUGCAAUGGAUCGGAUCCCGAUAGAAACUGGGGUUUUCACUGGAAUUCUACUGGCGUGAGCAAGAAUCCUUGCGCCGAGGAUUAUCCUGGAGAAUCACCAUUUUCGGAAAUAGAGAUGAAAACCAUGUCCGAUUUUAUAAGACCUCUCCAUUUU